GGCGCCUGACAGGCCACGCCCCAGUGGAACUCUGACACGACGUUAUCAGCCCUCAGUGGCGAGCGAGCCAACUUUCUUCUGUCAAAAGUCCACAACGAGAGCGACCCGAGUCCCCAAGUCCAAUGGUCAGGACCGAACGUCACACUUUGGACCUCGACUUGUGCACAAAAGCUGCAGGAGCGCAUGAAGCUUCACCCAAGUCCUCCUUCCUGAGCACAGCAGCGAGGCCGGGGGCAGCGCAGUCAUGUCCGGACACUCGAGCUUCGUCAACCCGUUCCACAGCAGGAGACACAGCCUGGCCGCAGCCGCCCCCGCCGGCAAAGCCAAACUGACGCACCCCGGCAAGGCCAUCCUGGCGGCCGUGUGAGGUGUGGACCAGGAUGCAGGUGACUUGUCACCGAGCCUCAGGCGGGAUCGCGGGCGGCAUCGAGAUCUGCAUCACCUUCCCCACCGAGUACGUGAAGACACAACUGCAGCUGGACGAGAAGGCCAACCCCCCCAAGUUCAAAGGCAUCGCCGACUGCGUGAAGCAGACGGUCCACGGUCAUGGCGUGAGGGGUCUUUAUCGAGGCCUCAGCUCGCUGCUCUACGGCUCCAUUCCCAAAGCCGCCGUCAGAUUCGGAGUAUUUGAGUUCCUGAGCAACAAGAUGCGCGACGAGAGCGGGAAGCUGGACAGCAAGCGUGGGUUCCUGUGCGGCCUGGGCGCCGGCGUGGCCGAGGCCGUGGUGGUCGUGUGUCCCAUGGAGACGGUCAAGGUCAAAUUCAUCCACGAUCAGACAUCGGCAAACCCCAAGUACAGAGGAUUCUUCCACGGCGUGCGGGAGAUCAUCAGAACUGAAGGACUCAGAGGGACCUAUCAGGGUCUGACGGCCACUGUGCUCAAACAAGGAUCCAAUCAGGCCAUCCGCUUCUACGUGAUGACCUCUCUCAGGAACUGGUACAAAGGUGAGGACCCCAACAAAGUCAUCAACCCCUUGAUAACGGGAGCGUUCGGAGCCCUGGCGGGAGCCACCAGUGUGUUCGGGAACACUCCUGUGGAUGUCAUCAAAACCAGGAUGCAGGGUCUGGAUGCACACAAGUACAAAAGCACCUUGGACUGCGCCGUCAAGAUCAUGAAGCACGAGGGUCCCUUGGCGUUCUACAAAGGCACCGUGCCCCGUCUGGGGCGGGUGUGCAUGGACGUGGCCAUCGUCUUCAUCAUCUACGAGGAGGUGGUCAAGGUCCUGAACAUAGUCUGGAAGACGGAUUGAGACGGGAGGCGUUCCCCCCUCCCCCCUCGCUCCUUCUCGUCUCUCCACGGGGGUUGGUCGUGGUUUUUAUCCAAGCGGCAUCCAGCGGGCGCGGUGACGCCAGACCAGGGUGUGGAAUUCUGCGAGGACCAGUUUUACUCUUCUUAAUGUGAUCUUAAUUCAUGGUGGAAAUAACUGACUCAGUCCAAGGUGAUCUUGACCAAGAAAUACUUGAAUAUUUUACAGUACUACUAGUUAUGCAAUUAGGACUUUUACUUUGCUGCCACGGUACACUAACGUACCCAAUUAGCAUUUUUUUUAAUUUUUUUUUUUAUCGUGCACAUUUUAUGCUGACGUGCAAAUUCAGAAAUGUAUUCCGCCUCCAGGCAGAAUCUAUGAAAAGUGCCAUUAUGUGUUAUGACUGGGUUAUUUGGGAUGUAAUUUUUUUUUUCCUAUAAGGAUGACUAUAUAUAAUAUUCUGUUAACAGUGCCUUCCAUGUCAUUCCACAGAAGAUUUUAUAUGAGAUCAACUAUAUUAUAUGAGUAUUGUAAUGUAGCCAUCAUGCAGCUUGUGAAUGUUUACACCAGCAAGUGUCUAUCAAACAUCAGAUGAUUAAUGGUAAUAAUAGCUCCUGGGCCUCUAGAGCAGGUGUGUCCAAAGUGUGGCCCGAGGGCCAUUUGUGGUCCCCAUCUUUUUUAUUAAUGGCCCCCUGCCCUUUCUAAAAAAUACUAUAAUAAAAAUUUAAAACAUAAAAGAGUGUAAUAAAAGAGUAAACAAUGACAUGUAACAAGAAAAAGUUGCAAUGUUGACACUAAUACCACAAAGCUGCCAUGCGGACUGUAUAUGAGAUGCCACCUCAGUAGAAGCAUUUAAGUCUCACCUUAAAACUCAUUUGUAUACUCUAGCCUUUAAAUAGACUCCCUUUUUAGACCAGUUGAUCUGCCGUUUCUCUUCUUUUUCUUCUAUGUCCCACUCUCCUUUGUGGAGGGAGUCCGGUCCGAUCCGGUGGCCAUGUACUGCUCGCCUGUGUAUCGGCUGGGGACAUCUCUGCGCUGCUGAUCAGCCUCCGCUUGGGAUGGUUUCCUACUGGCUCCGCUGUGAACGGGACUCUCGCUGCUGUGUUGGAUCCGCUUUGGACUGGACUCUCGCGACUGUGUUGGAUCCAUUAUGGAUUGAUCUUUCACAGUAUCACGUUCUCAUAUGUUCUCAUAGUCAUCAGUAUCAUCAGUAUCACAGUAUCAUGUUCUCAUGGUCAUCAUUGUCACCGACGUCCCACUGGGUGUGAGUUUUCCUUGCCCUUAUGUGGGCCUACCGAGGAUGUGGUAGUGGUUUGUGCAGCCCUUUGAGACACUAGUGAUUUAGGGCUAUAUAAGUAAACAUUGAUUGAUUGAUUGAUUAUUGACCUGCUGAAGGCUUCAAUUACUUCACUGGAAUAAUUUCACUUUCAAAUAUUUUUGGGGGAUAAUAUUGCAUAUUUUGUGCGAAACAAAAAGGGUAUCAAACAAACAAAGUAUGAAAGAAAUUAUAAAACCUUAUAAUCAAGAUAUCUACAGACUUAAGUGUUAAAAGUAAAAAAAAUAUAAAUAAUUUGGCUUAUUUUCAACACUUAUUAUUUUUUAUUGUUAUGAAUUAUUGAACUGGUUAGGGUUCCAAUUACUUCACGUCGAAUAUUCCACUUUGAAAUGUUUUGGGGGAAAAUGUUGCAUAGUUUGUGUGUUUGCCAUAUAAAUAAGGGUUUUGACAUAAAGGCCAUAAACAUAAAAAACAAAAUUUAAUUUUUUUUUUAUAACUACAGACAGACCUGAAGUUGAUCUCGAGAUUCAAGCGUUAAAUAAAAGAAUAAUAAUUUGUGACUUAUUUCUAUUAUUUUUAUGACUGAGACCCCAAACUUGCUUUUAAAAAAGAAAAAUAUCAAAAUGGUCCCCGCAUACUUUGAUUUUUCAGUCUGUGGCCCUCAGUGGAAAAAGUUUGGACACCCCUGCUCUAGAGUGACUAAUUCUAAUGUGAAAAUAAAAAUCGGAAUGUAAAUAA